AUGGACGGGAAAUCAUUAUUGUACUUGACCAUUGAGGUUAACUGUAACCAAGUUGUUGAUCAAUUGAUGGAGUUCUGCAUUGAAGAUGAGUCGGAGCUGCAAGGAAGAUCACCCCUUCUUCCCACACUCAUCAAGAAGAAUUUAGAUAUGCUAGGAGUCAUAUUGAGGAAGAAACCAGAUUGGAUACACUUGAGAAAUGAACAAGGAUGGUUUCCACUUCAUUCUGCAGCGCAUUUGGGUUACCUUCAAGGUGUUUCCUACUUAGUGGAGAAAUGUCCUUCUUGCGCCAUGGAAAGGGACAACAAGGGCUACUUACCGAUUCAUUUAGCAUGUGUUCAUGGUCAUGUCGAAAUAGUUCAAAGGUUACUAGAAGAGUGCCCAGAUCCCACAGAGAUGCUAACUGAACUUGGCCAAAAUUUGCUCCAUCUUGCAUGCAAAUAUGGAAAUUAUGAAGUAGUCAGGUACUUACUCAAACAACGUGAGCUUGAGACAAUGAUAAAUCAAAAAGACGUAGACGGGAAUACUCCCUUGCAUUUAGCUACCAAAUCCUGGCAUCCCAAAAUUGUGUAUGCCAUGACAUGGGACAAUAGAGUGGAUCUUUCUUUACUUAACCGUGACAACCUAACGGCUCUAGACAUCGUAGAAGUAUAUCAAGGCAUGAGUGUUUGCCUUUCAGAGCGACUUACAUGGAAUGCAUUGAUAUCUGCUGGAGCACCUCGAAGUUCUGUGAGAUUUCAUCCACACCUUAAGUCCCCUACUCCUACCACUGAACAAUAUAAAGAUAGAAUUGACACUUUGAUAGUGGUUUCAACCCUUAUAAUAACAACAUCAUUUGCUGCUGGGUUUACCAUCCCAGGUGAUGUGGAUCAAGGCAUUCCCUUCUUGCUAAAACACCGUGUGUUCCAUUUAUUCAUUCUCUCCCUCACAAUUUCUGUGUUUGGUGCUAUAAGUUCCACCAUCAUUCUCAUGUGGGCUCGACUAGGGGAUCUCCAUCUGGCAGUUUUUGCUCUUACUUGUGCAUUGCCUCUUCUAGGUCUAUCCCUGACAGCACUAUCUGUAGCAUUUUUGGCUGGCAUGUACCUUGUAGUUAGCAAACUUAGCUGGCUUGCCGCUAUGUUUUUGCUGAUUGGUGUGGUUUUGAUCCUCGUGGUUGUAUUCUUGUACUUGCUCCUUUUGUUACCUUCCUCUUCAACCUUGCCGUUCUUUCGAUAUAUUUCCUAUUAUCCCUUUCUUUUCUUUGCCAAUAUAGCUCAAGGGAAAAUGGAUGCCAACAAGAUGGGAUCUAAAGCUAUCGUUCGAGUGGUUUAA